AUGGAAGAGCCUCAUGUUACCAGAACUGUAACAAGAAAAAUUCCAUUAGAGUUUAUACACAUAAAAAGCCCAAUAGAAGGCGUCAAAAAAAAGCUUGAUGAGACUCUGAAUAUAUGAAAUGAAUCUCUUCAAGGGGUCAUGGAAAGCUAUUCAAAAGUGGCCAUAAAGGAUAACAAAGCACGCAUUUUAGAUGAGUAUGGAUACUUAUUGGUCACUGUAGAGUAUACAGGAGAGUAUUUUAUUCCAAAAAUUGGCCAGAAAAUGAAGGGAAAAGUGACAACGAUAAGUCCAGACCAAAUUGCUUUGCUAGUGGAUGGAGUAUUCAAUGCUGUGAUUCCAAAGGACAAUGCUGGACCUUGGAAGUAUAAAGAAGAAAACUGGAAACUGGGAGGAAGAAAUCUGGAGCAGAAUGAUGAAAUAAAGUUUGUGGUCCAAAAGUAAAAAUUAUUUAGGAUUGAGGUCCAAUCUGAGUAUAUGCUAAUUGUAGGGCAGAUUCCUGUCGAAGUGGAGGCGCCGAAAAAGAAGCCAAGACACCACUAA